CUUCCCGACGUUCUCGGCGGCUUCAGACUUCCCCGCGCAAAGAUGUCUCAGACGCUCAAGCUGGCCACGAAGGCAUCCUUGCUCGCCAAGCUCUUUCCGGAGCUGUGGGGGGAAUCUCUCCUCGGGGCGCGAUCGAAAGUUAUUAAAAGCCACAAGACUCUGGAGGAGAUGCCGGGACCCAGCGCUCUCAGCUUCUUCUCCGACCUUUUCUGCAAAAGAGGGCUCUCGCGACUGCAUGAACUCCAGAUCGAAGGCAAGGCUAAAUAUGGGCCAGUUUGGAAGGCGAGUUUUGGGCCCAUCCUCACAGUCCAUGUUGCUGACCCCAGUCUGAUUGAACAGGUGCUAAGACAGGAAGGCAAGCAUCCCAUUCGCUCCGACCUCUCCUCCUGGAAGGAUUAUCGAGUGUGCCGAGGCCACGCAUAUGGGCUGCUCACAGCGGAAGGUGAGGAGUGGCAGCAAAUUCGCAGCAUCCUAGGAAAACACAUGCUGAAGCCCAAGGAGGUGGAAUCUUACACCGGCAUCCUGAACGAGGUGGUCAGUGAUCUGAUCGGCCGGCUGCAGCACCAGAGAAAUCGCCACGAGCGACACGUGGUCAAGAAUGUGGCCGAUGAAUUCUACAAGUUUGGAUUAGAAGGUAUUUCUUCGGUCCUCUUUGAAUCCCGCAUUGGCUGCCUGGAACCCAAAGUUCCAGAAGAAACAGAGAAGUUCAUUAGCUCCAUCAAUACCAUGUUCGUCAUGACUCUGCUCACGAUGGCCAUGCCCAAAUUUUUGCACCAAAUCUUUCCUAAGCCGUGGCAGAAGUUCUGUGAAUCUUGGGAUUAUAUGUUUGAGUUUGCCAAAGGACACAUUGAUAAGCGGAUGGCUGAAGUUUCAGAAAGAAUCACCCAGGGGGAGAAAGUCGAAGGAAAAUACCUCACUUAUUAUUUGGCACAAGAAAAACUGUCCAUGAAAUCCAUCUAUGGAAAUGUGACUGAGCUUCUGCUGGCUGGUGUGGACACGAUCUCAAGCACUUUGUCCUGGAGUUUGUAUGAGUUGUCCCGUCACGCUCAGAUACAAGCAGCCGUCCAUGAGGAAAUUACCACUGUGAUGCAGGACAACCUCAUUCCAAGCGCUGCUGAUGUAGCUCAGAUGCCUCUGUUGAAAGCAGUGGUGAAGGAGGUCCUGAGAUUGUACCCAGUGAUUCCUGGUAAUGCACGUGUCAUCUCAGACAGGGACAUCCAAGUGGGAGACUAUAUCAUCCCUAAGAAGACCCUGAUAACCCUUUGCCAUUAUGCUACCUCGCGGGAUGAGAAGUACUUCUCCGACCCCAACUCAUUCCAGCCUGAGCGAUGGCUGCACAAGAAUGCUUCACACCACCCCUAUGCCUCCAUUCCCUUUGGCUUUGGCAAACGCAGUUGCAUUGGCCGACGUAUUGCGGAGCUUGAAGUAUAUCUGGCGCUAGCUAGGAUCUUGAAGCAUUUUGAAGUGAAACCUGAAGAGGAAGGAGAAAUCGUAAGCCCCAUGACACGCACCUUGCUUGUGCCAGAGAAGGACAUCAAUUUACAGUUUCUGAGUCGUUAAAACUGGACAAAACAAAGAAAAACCAUUGACUUAGGCUUCCUGUUAAUGGGCAACCAGCACUUAAGAGCCUUGCUGUAUAGAAUCCACCAGCUGCGAGUGGAGCUCCCUGUCUUAAUUCUUGAUGUGAGUUUGAAAGGAGAAAAAGAGGGAGAAGAACCAUGUUGCUGAGCAAGGUUAUCUCCAGAGAAAUCCACUUUGCAGUUCUGGGACAUGGACACUUCAAAAUGAUUCCUCCACCAAGAAUGUUUCCCAGUCUCCAUCUAGGCUAUGAAAAUGACCACAGAAACAAUCCAAAGCCCAUUUCAAAUCUCAGCCACAACAAUAACACAAAUUGCUAAAAGACAAUAAUGGUUUCCUUAACUCAGGGUUUUCAAUGAAAAGACGUUUCUGGGAUUUGUAGCUAUAAUCAGAAUUCCUCCAAAACUCCCUUGUACCACCCUGUAAUCCCUUAAUUCAGGGUAGAGUUGGGGCGACUGGAUGGAGCUGAGCAUUUACUGGCUGGAUGCCUUUCCUGAUGCCAUGUGGAGUUUGUAGCUUUUUCUUUGCGUCCUAGGAAAGAAACAUCUGCUGCUACCUAAGAUUGAACUCUCAACCUUCUGAGUGGGAGGCAAGCGUCUUCACCAUUAGGCCAUCACGCCAUAAUCAGAACUUCUCUAUUGCUGU